UCACAAAUGUUUGACUUUUACAGCUUUUGCAGUCCACCAACAACAUGCCAUCAAACUCCAAACCCCCCCAAAUCAAAAUGCAGUCCACAAAAAAGACAGCAGCCCGAAAGGAGGACGGCACCGCGGCUACUGGCGACGAGGCGCCGACGAUAGCACAGCCGUCAGGUUCCAGCACGGCACAGGGAGAGGGGGAUGAUGACCCUCAGAUAAAAGAGGGCAACAAAGAGAACAAGCCAAAGUCCGGAGGCGGCGGGAGGAGAAGGGGAGGCCAAAGGCACAAGGGCAAAGGUCAGAACAGCAGCACCAACCCUGCAGCAGCUCCCUCCUCAUCGGCAACAGGAAACUAAUCUCCCAUCAUGCCCCGCUCUUUCCAGAAAGUCAUUUCACAAACCGUUCAUGAAUGAGAUGUUGGGAGCAGAGACGGUUUUACUCCCUGCCUUUAACAUCACAUCUUUGUGGAUUUUCAGUUCAGCUGCCUUUGGUUUUGGUGAUCACAGUUUCCUGUUAGGUGGGCCUCCCCCUGAAAUUGAGCAUUAAUUUAUUUUAGAAGUGAAAGAGUUUUGAUUGGAAAGAGUGAAAAUAGAAAAUAAAAGGUCCAGAGACCUAAAUGAGCAGCUAUGAGUGAACCUCCCUCUUGCAUUCCCCUGUAAACUGUGCAGAUCACAAGUUCAUGUAGCAGAAGGUGCACAAAGAGUUUAGAUAUUUGGAAAAUAUAAGCUACGGCAUUUUAUAGUUGUCAAGUUAUUUAUUUGGCAUUCAUGCAGAACACGUUGAAGUAUUUGGGAUCUUUCUACCAACUCCGAUUCAAUAGUCUGUGCAGCUUCAUGCGUCACUUUGAAACCUGGAUGUUUAAACGCAGCACACGCGUGGGUUUAGCGGUUGCUAAUGAUCAUAAUGCCGUGUGUUUCUCUAGUACUAAUGCGUUAGGGCCUGUUGCCGUUUACAUGUUGUGACAUUUUGAAAAUACUUUGCUGAGGGAAAAAGAAUAAAGUCACUAAAACUUUU